AUGCCUGUCUGUCUGUUUUUCUAUCUAUCUAUCAUCUAUCUAUCUAUCUAUCUAUCUAUCUAUCUAUCUAUCUAUGUACAUAUUUUAUCUAUCUAUCUAUCUAUCUAUCUAUCUAUCUAUCUUUGUAUAUCUAUCUAUCUAUCUAUCUAUCUACGUGUAUAUUUUAUCUAUCUAUCUAUCUAUCUAUCUAUCUAUCUAUCUAUCUAUCUUUGUAUGUCUGUCUAUCUAUCUAUCUAUCUUUGUAUGUCUGUCUGUCUAUCUAUCUAUCUAUGUAUCUAUCUAUCUAUCUAUCUAUAUAUUUUAUCUAUCUAUCUAUCUAUCUAUCUAUCUAUCUAUCUAUCUAUCUAUCUAUCUAUCUAUCUUUGUAUGUCUGUCUAUCUAUCUAUCUAUCUACCUAUCUAUCUACCUAUAUAUUUUAUCUAUCUAUCUCUGUCUGUCUGUCUGUCUAUCUAUCUACCUAUCUAUCUAUUUAUCUAUCUACCUAUAUAUUUUAUCUAUCUAUCUAUCUAUCUAUCUAUCUAUCUAUCUAUCUAUCUAUCUAUCUUUGUAUGUCUGUCUAUCUAUCUAUCUAUCUAUCUAUCUAUCUAUCUAUCUAUCUAUCUAUCUAUCUACCUACAUAUUAUAUCUAUCUAUCUAUCUAUCUAUCUAUCUAUCUAUCUAUCUAUCUAUCUAUCUAUCUAUCUAUCUAUAUAUUUUAUCUAUCUAUCUAUCUAUCUAUCUAUCUAUCUAUCUAUCUUUGUAUGUCUAUCUAUCUAUCUAUCUAUCUAUCUAUCUAUCUACAGCAUCAUUUCUAUGGGUGUUCUUUCUGUAGAUAUUAUAUCUAUCUAUCUAUCUAUCUAUCUAUCUAUCUAUCUAUCUAUCUACAGCAUCAUUUCUAUGGGUGUUCUUUCUGUAGAUAUUAUAUCUAUCUAUCUAUCUAUCUAUCUAUCUAUCUAUCUAUCUAUCUAUCUACAGCAUCAUUUCUAUGGGUGUUCUUUCUGUAGAUAUUAUAUCUAUCUAUCUAUCUAUCUAUCUAUCUAUCUAUCUAUCUAUCUAUCUAUAUAUUUUAUCUAUCUAUCUAUCUAUCUAUCUAUCUAUCUAUCUAUCUAUCUAUCUAUCUAUCUACAGCAUCAUUUCUAUGGGUGUUCUUUCUGUAGAUAUUAUAUCUAUCUAUCUAUCUAUCUAUCUAUCUAUCUAUCUAUCUAUCUAUCUAUCUAUGUGUGCACAACAUCAUUUCUGUGGAUGUUUAGCACAUACUCGAACGUUCCUCCUACUGUGCCCUCUGCACCGCCACCCUUUGAUUACGGCAUCCCUGACCAGAAGAUAUCGCUGACCGCGCUCCAUACAACAAGUCCCGGCUCACACUCUGGCGGAACCCUCCCGCGCAACCUCACUUACGGAUACCACCACUUCCAUAACCCUAGUCAAGCAUACAGCACAGUCAACCGGACAAUGUACGCUCCCUAUCCCUUGGCACCCCAGUCUGAGUACAUACCCGGACAGAUGUCGACGGAAUUCCCCGACGGCAAUGUUACUAUCGGAUUCCACCAACCACCACCUCCACCACCACCUGCCGGUAAUCUGGGAUUCAUGCCUCCGCCGUAUCCUCCCAUGUCGAACGCUCCUCCUGUCAGUUCUCAGUUUUCCGGACCUGUCAGCGUCGGCUAUUCUCGAAUACAAGCUCCCCACGACUCCCAUUCGUCACAUCAGGCACACCAUCAAUAUCAACCUUCCUUUAAUCGAAGCCAUAACCAGCAAUUUACUCCAGCUCAUCAUAACACUUCCCCGCCUUCAAUCAUUGAUGGUGGCCCAAAUAGUACAGAGGUUUACAACGCAACUACAGUCACUUCCUCGUCGCAGAGUGUGAGUAAUGCGUACAAACGACGUCGAGGUCUUAUUGCCGUCUCCUGUUUUACGGGACUUAUUCUCCUGAUAAUAUUAAUUGUAUUUAGUUUGUGA